CCAUCACCAGGCGACUCCGGGAACCUGUUUUCCCCGGAGCAGCUAUGAGCAAGCGGAACCAGGUUUCGUACGUGCGGCCAGCCGAACCGGCGUUCCUGGCUCGCUUCAAGGAACGGGUCGGCUACAGGGAGGGCCCUACCGUGGAAACCAAGAGAAUCCAGCCUCAGCUCCCAGAGGAAGAUGGUGAUCACAGUGACAAAGAAGAUGAACAGCCCCAGGUGGUGGUUUUAAAAAAGGGAGACCUGUCAGUUGAAGAAGUCAUGAAGAUUAAAGCAGAAAUAAAGGCUGCCAAAGCAGAUGAAGAACCGGCUGUAGUUGAUGGAAGAAUCAUGUAUCGAAAACCAGUCAAGCGUUCCUCGGAUGAAAAAUAUUCAGGUCUAACAGCAAGCUCGAAAAAGAAGAAGGCAAAUGAAGAUGAAAUAAAUAAGCAGGACUCGGUUAAAAAGAACUCACAAAAGCAAGUCAAAAACAGUUGCCUCCUUUCUUUUGACAAUGAGGAUGAAACUCAGUAAGUGUAGAUAUUUUGGACUUAAUCUUCCUUAAGAGUAUAUAGGGUGUUUUCUAAAGUGACACUUUUUUAUUUCUAUUUAAAGAUGACACAAAUUCAUUAUAGAAAAUUCAGAAAAAAAUGAGUAUGAUAAAAAUUUGUCUAUCAGUACCCCUUUGACAUGAGGCUAACUCUGUAGAUAUUAACUAUUACUAACAUUUUGGAACUCCCACGUGUGGGGUAUGUAUGUAUGUAAAUUAUAUUUUUUAAACAAAAUUGA